AUGGAUGAUCAGUCCAGGAUGUUGCAGACUCUGGCCGGUGUGAACCUGGCUGGCCACUCGGUACAGGGGGGGAUGGCUCUGCCUCCUCCCCAUGGACAUGAAGGGGCAGACGGCGACGGCAGAAAGCAGGACAUCGGAGACAUCCUCCAUCAGAUCAUGACCAUCACUGACCAAAGCCUGGAUGAGGCACAAGCAAAAAAGCAUGCACUGAACUGCCACCGAAUGAAGCCUGCUCUGUUCAGUGUCCUGUGUGAAAUCAAAGAGAAAACAGGUUUGAGCAUCCGAGGAGCCCAGGAGGAAGACCCGCCCGAUCCCCAGCUAAUGAGACUGGACAAUAUGCUUCUGGCAGAAGGGGUUUCGGGUCCUGAGAAAGGUGGGGGAUCGGCAGCCGCAGCAGCAGCCGCAGCAGCCUCUGGAGGGUCCUCAGAUAACUCUAUCGAACACUCCGAUUACAGAGCCAAAUUGACCCAGAUCAGACAGAUCUACCACACAGAGCUGGAGAAAUACGAACAGGCGUGUAACGAAUUCACCACACACGUGAUGAACCUUCUCCGAGAACAGAGUCGGACACGUCCCAUUUCUCCCAAGGAGAUCGAAAGGAUGGUGGGCAUCAUCCAUCGAAAAUUCAGCUCCAUCCAGAUGCAGCUCAAACAAAGCACUUGUGAAGCAGUAAUGAUUCUGAGAUCAAGGUUCCUUGAUGCCAGACGGAAAAGGCGUAACUUCAGUAAACAAGCCACAGAAAUCUUGAACGAGUAUUUUUACUCCCACCUCAGUAAUCCCUACCCCAGUGAAGAAGCCAAAGAGGAGCUGGCAAAGAAAUGCAGCAUCACAGUAUCACAGGUAUCCAACUGGUUUGGCAAUAAGAGAAUCAGGUACAAGAAGAAUAUAGGGAAGUUUCAGGAAGAAGCCAAUCUUUAUGCUGCAAAAACAGCUGUGACUGCAGCACAUGCCGUGGCAGCAGCUGUCCAGAAUAACCAGACAAACUCCCCCACCACACCAAACUCUGGUUCUUCUGGUUCUUUUAACCUCCCAAAUUCUGGGGACAUGUUCAUGAACAUGCAGAGUCUGAAUGGGGAUUCUUACCAGGGGUCCCAAGUCGGAGCCAAUGUGCAAUCACAGGUGGAUACCCUGCGUCAUGUUAUCAAUCAGACGGGAGGGUACAGUGAUGCCUUGGGAGGAGGUGCACUGUACAGUCCACACAAUUUAAAUGCUAAUGGAGGCUGGCAGGACGCAACUACUCCAUCUUCUGUGACUUCCCCUACAGAAGGGCCGGGAAGUGUGCACUCUGAUACCUCUAACUAA